CAGGCCAAAGUCUGCGACAACCACAAAGACGCACGCACGCACACAAACAAACCUGGCUCCAAUUUCAAGUGUGGAAAGCGAAUCAUCUUCUAUUUUCACGCUCCGCUUGCCCCUCCAAGUUUCCAACAACCGUUCUAGGGUUUGCGGUUGGUUUCUCCGAUGUCGCCUGCCUUUACAACAGUAUCGCAUUCAGCGAGAGCAGGCUUGUUCAACACCGUCAGUAACAGGGUCAUCAAGCCUGUGAAAAUUCAUCAUCACCGAAACAAAUGCGAAUUAAAUAGGAGGGGUUUCGCGCUCAAAGGAAUUGUCACUGCUGGAGCUUCACUCACGACCUCACCCGUAGUGGCUGAACCUUCUCAAGGUUUGGAGAGAUUACCAUUCAAGCCAGAAGGCUAUAAUUUCUGGACAUGGAGGGGUCAUAAAGUACACUAUGUAGAACAAGGCGAAGGAUUUCCAAUUGUUCUAAUUCAUGGCUUUGGUGCUUCUGCAUUUCAUUGGAGGUACAACAUACCAGAGUUGGCUAAAAAAUACAAGGUUUAUGCUGUAGACUUACUAGGCUUUGGCUGGAGUGAAAAGGCAAUUAUUGAGUAUGAUGCCUUGGUGUGGCGAGACCAGGUCGCUGAUUUCCUAAAGGAGAUAGUGAAAGAACCAGCAAUUUUAGUUGGAAACAGCCUUGGAGGAUUUACGGCUUUGGUGACAGCAGCUGGGUUGCCUGAACAAGUGGCUGGUGUUGUAUUAUUGAACUCUGCAGGACAAUUUGGAAAUGCAAAUGCUGAAAGGAAUGAGUCAGAAGAAACAGGCUUACAGAAGUUUAUUCUAAAGCCACUGAAGACUCUUUUCCAGCGUAUAGUUCUUGGAGCUUUAUUCUGGCAAGCCAAGCAGCCAUCUCGUAUUAAAUCUGUUCUGAAGAGUGUAUAUAUAAAUGCCUCUAAUGUGGAUGACUAUCUUGUGGAAUCAAUUACCAGGCCAGCAGAUGAUCCCAAUGCUGGAGAAGUUUAUUACAGAUUAAUGUCAAGAUUCAUGUUGAAUCAGAGCCAGUACACACUUGACAGUGUCUUGAGCGAACUCACUUGCCCUCUUUUGUUGCUUUGGGGUGAUUUAGACCCUUGGGUGGGUCCUGCCAAGGCCAUUCGGAUCAAAGAGUUUUACCCAAACACAUCCAUUGUUAACCUACAGGCAGGCCAUUGCCCGCAUGAUGAAGUUCCAGACCUUGUCAAUAAGGCUUUACUAGAUUGGUUGUCAACUGUGACCUCUGCCUCCUCUCUACAGACUGUGUGAACAAGUACCAAUUUCAUAUAUAUCUUAAUUGGUGAGAUCUAAAUAGGUUUUUUUCUUGUAAUCAAUUGUCUAUUAUUUUAUUAUAGAACGUCAUAUCCUUUUGAAUGAUGUGUUAUGGAGGAAGAUGCAUGCCACACAAACAACCUUGUAUAUUCAUGAAAAUAUAAAAUUGAUGGUGCUUUUGGUGUCUU